AUGAACUCGCCAUAUGGGAGCCCCCCGAUUUACGACUACGGAGAAGAAUGGCUAGACCCCGGAUGGUGUGACUGGAGUGCCGUCGGCGGCACGUUCGACGACAUUGACACCCUGGAUUUAACCUGCGGCGAGACCAACAAUGCCCAGUACACGGGCCCGUCUCGGUACCCAGUCACGCAAGAUACAUUUUGGGAUUCAGGACAACAGGGCUGGUCUCAGCAUACAGAAGCCCGUCACGACAGCGUUCCACAGGCCGGAUCAAGCCCAGCAGACGAGACCGCAAACCUGAACACCUUGUUCAGCACGCCUGUGGGACCUAAAGUUGAUCCGCGCUUCGCUGUGAACGACGAGCGUAUCCAGCAGCAGAGAGCAAGAUUCGACGGGGACCAGUACACCGCCGCAUGGACGAGAGGCCAGGGUACAGAUCGAGCCGGCUGGUGUGGGUUCUGCUCAACGUGGCACAAGAUGAAGGACUCCGCUUACUGGUAUCAUAUGCAUUACUCCCAUGGUAUCUCUUAUGCCACGGGCCAACCCUUUCAACCUCCCAAAGCCACCCAAUGGAACGACAAAUCUAAUAGCGUAAAAGUCCAAUGCGCAACCUGCGAUGAGUGGUUAAUCUUAGGGUCAGGCAGCAGAGCACGAACCAGCUACUUCCGGCACGCAUACAAGUGCGAGGCGAAGAAGUCGGGUGGACGGACAAGCUCGAGCCGGAGCCGGAGCUCGCCCACGAAAUAG